CCGCCCUAUAGGCAGCCUUACGUCAGAGGCAGCGCUGUCCUUGUGAGAGGAGCAACGGCAGCACCGAGGACGGGGAGACCCUGAGGAGGGGGUGACCGGCGGGGACACGUGUGGAGGCACAGUAGACUUUCCUGAGCCGUUCCCGCGUCAGGAUACCAAACUUAGAGAAUCCAAUCAGAGGAGCAGAACAUUCCAAGGGACGUGCUCCUCUAAUUCAGGAUGCAGUUGGAUGUCCUUUUUGUUGGAAGAAGAGUAAAACGGUUUACUAGGGAUUAAAAGAUUAAGCCGGGAUUAGACAUCUAUGCUGCAGCGGUUCCUUCACAAGGCAGAAAGGUUUCAAGAUGACUGUUGGAAACCAAAGCAAAGGACUCUGUAACUGCAUCUUCACAAGUUGCGAGAGCGCUCCAAUUCAGCUUCCGUAGAAACCUAAAGGCAAAAUUAAUGAGCAAACAUAGGACUUCUAGCAGAACGUUAAAAAAGAAGCCAAAAGACGGUGACUGUGUAGCUGGUAUCGCAGUCUAACAUCCACCAUGAAGUUUAGUACGGUGGAUUACGUUAUCUUUGCGCUGCUCUUAAUCAUGUCCUCGGCCAUCGGACUCUACUAUGCCUUGAGUGGAGGAAAACAGCGCACCACACAAGAGUUCCUGCUGGCUAACCGCAAUAUGGGCUUCUUCCCAGUAGCCUUGUCACUUCUGGCUACAUUCCAGUCCGCCGUGGCCAUUCUUGGCGUGCCAUCGGAGAUGUAUCGCUUUGGGACAGAGUACUGGUUCCUUGGCUGCUCCUACGUCCUCGGGCUUCUAAUUCCCGCAUACAUCUUCAUUCCGGUUUUCUAUCGGUUACGGCUUACCAGCACCUAUGAGUACCUGGAGCUGCGGUUCAAUAAAGCUGUGAGAAUCUGCGGGACCAUCACCUUCAUAUUUCAAAUGGUUAUCUAUAUGGGAGUGGUGUUGUAUGCUCCUGCUCUAGCCUUUUAUGCAGUUACCGGAUUCAGCCUGUGGGGGGUGGUGUUGACUAUGGGAUUGGUCUGCACUCUUUACACUACUCUGGGAGGUUUGAAGGCCGUUAUCUGGACAGACGUCAUUCAGACGAUGGUGAUGUUUGCUGGACAGCUUGCGGUUAUCAUUGUUGGUACUGCCAAGGUGGGCGGCAUCAAGGAGGUUUGGCAAAUUGCCACCGACCACGAUAAGAUCUCCGGGAUAAACUUCAACCCAGAUCCAUUCACCCGUCAUUCUGUCUGGUCCCUGGGUAUUGGAGGAAUUUUCCUGAUGCUGUCAUUGUAUGGAGUGAACCAGGCUCAAGUGCAGCGUUACCUCAGUUCCCGGACAGAGAAGGAGGCCGUCAUGUCCUGCUAUGCUGUGUUUCCCUGCCAGCAAUUGGUUCUGGCUUUGGGGUGUCUGACCGGCCUGGUGAUGUACGCUUAUGAUCAAAAGAAUAAUCUCUUUACCCCUGAAAUCAAAGCUGUGCCAGACCAGAUGGUGCUGUACUUUGUCAUGGACAUUCUGCAGGAUUUUCCUGGCCUCCCAGGUCUGUUUGUGGCCUGUCUGUUCAGUGGAGCCCUCAGCACCAUCUCCUCUGCGUUCAACUCUCUGGCCACGGUUACCAUGGAGGAUCUAAUCAAGCCACAUUUCCCCGGCCUCACCGAGUCCAGGGCCACUCUAUUAUCUAAAGGCCUUGCUUUCGGUUAUGGAAUCCUCUGCCUGGGAAUGGCCUACGUCUCCUCUCUGAUGGGCUCCGUCCUGCAGGCAGCGCUAAGUAUUUUCGGCAUUGUUGGAGGCCCCCUCCUUGGUCUCUUCUCUCUUGGAUUAUUCUUUCCUUUUACCAAUGCUAUUGGAGCCAUCAGUGGUCUGAUUGCUGGGCUAGUCGUGGCAUUUUGGAUCGGCCUGGGUAGUUUUUUGAGCAGAUUGCCGGCUACAUCUUCCUCCCCUUUACUCAAUGCCACCAGUUCGCCAGAAUGGGGGAACUUCACUACCACUGUUAUGACCACCUUGCUGACCUCUGGAAAUGCUACAAAAAGUGUGACCGGUCUGCAGAAGUUCUACAGUUUGUCCUACAUGUGGUACAGCGCUCACAACUCCACCACGGUUGUCAUUGUUGGCAUCAUCGUCAGCCUGCUGACCGGCCCGAUGAAGGGAAAGGAUGUGAACCCUCGCACAGUCUACCUCGUCCUUCCGAAGCUGCUCUUCUUUCUGCCAGAGAGAUACAAGGAGACACUGCGGUUUGGAGUACCUCACAUAGCAGAGGUAGGGGAGCGCCUAGCGACCAGACUGUUCAAGGAUGAACAGAACCUGCCGAAGCCCUUGGUGGCUGACAAACCCAGCAACGGUUUCCUAAACGGAAGUGUGAAGGGGCCGGAAAAAGAUGAAAUGGAGGAGAACUUUAUGGGCGUUUCUCGCCCCGAUGGUGGACACUCAUACGUGGUCCAUGAGACGUCUCUUUGAUACGUGUCAAGAUAAGACAUUGGAGAAGACACAGCUGCCGGCUGGACCGUGCUCUGAGCAUCCCACCGUUGGUCCUUUCCAAAAUGCUGCCUUCGGGACCUUCGAAUUAUAGCAGAAAGAGGAUGCAGGUUUAUGUGUCACCCUGUUGGUUCCAUCAUCUCUGUGGUGUCACCCUCCUAAUGUUCUGCUUUUACCUCACCGGGCUUCGGUCAGUUUCAAUGGUCUCAAUCCAGAUCGGCACUGACCUUCUCUCGCGGUUACGUGAUCGUAAUAUAACAUCUCGGCUCUUCCAGCAGACACAAAGCCUUGGAGAGCUCAUCUCUGAAAUCACAACAGUGUUAUCUGUCUGCCUUGAGCCGGUUGGGCUUCUACCGCUAGCUUUGGUGCCGGUUUCUGGAAUCUCAUUCUCCGGGACAACACCCAAAAAAGUUUUUGUAUCAACUUGAAUGACACAUUCGUCAUUCCCCAGAAGUUCUGUGAUUUUUUUUUUUCCAUUUUGUUAAUUAAGUGUAUCUAAAACCAAGAACAAACAUGUAAUUUAUUGCAGCCUUCCUUUUCUUAGAUGUGUACUUGAUUGGUUUCCUUCCUCCCAGGUUUUAAUCCUUUAUUUAUCCCUUGUUGAUCCUGACACGUCUUGUCCUAGGGUGAUGACACUCGCUCACUGUAUCGUCUGUGGAUAAGCAGCGUUGUCACCUUAAAACAAGAGUUGCGGUAGGAGUACAAAACCUCUUCUUAUUGCCUCCAUUCCAUAGAGGAAUGUGUCCUGUAGUUCUAAGAGGAUAUUUUUGAGAGCUUAUAACAUUUUGUUUCCAGCUUCAAAAAAAUAAAGCAGCAAAAGAUGGGACUUUUUUAAGGUGCCAUGCUCCGAACUGCAUACUUGUGUUGGGUAGAAUGUUAAUGCAACGGGUCAGAUAUCGGCUAGGCAAGUGGCAUUCUUCGUAGGUGAUUAGUGAUGGCAUCCCCUCUACCUCUGUCAAUGAUGGGUUUAGUUUAAAGCAGAACUCUAGGUAACCUGAUCAUAAUCAGGCAGACAUGGUACUGUUAAAUUUACAAAAAACACUAAAAAAGGAAAUCAAAUGACCGUUCUGUUGUCCCCUGUGUUCCAUGUUGACAUGCUCCCAUGGGAAUAUACCUCCAGCUCUUGGGCAGAUCUAUCAGAAACUUGUCUGCUUAUCUGACUACUCUUUAACCCAACUGGGUCACUGGGGUGCCAUGUAUUUCCUUUUAAUAAUUACCCCUGAAGGCUGCUGGGAUGCAAGGUAGUUGGGCCACUCGCCUCCAUCCAUGUUGUCAGUUUAAAGUAGGGAGAACAGACCAAUAUUCAGUUUUUUUUUUUUUUGUACAUGUUACUUUGUUGUCAUUUGCCUGAAAUUCUUCUUUACGGUACUCCAACAUGAGAUGAUUAUUGUGUUCAGAUUGGGUCAAGAUCCCCAUGUCUGUAGGCACCAGAAACAGCCAGUCGUCCUCUUUUCUGCAGGACCAGCAGUUGGUUGUGUUGGUGUUUUUAUGAUGACCGGUAGUCUGUUGGCCCGUUCUCUUGGCCCAGUCUCUAUCCUUGUCUUGCAGGCUUGUAAAGUCCAAUCUUGCAGGUCUAUCAAAGCUACACAGUUCACAGGAAAAAGCCACACUAUGUCAGCAUAUAUGGGCAUCCUUUAUUAAAAA